AUGGGGUUCUUGACAAAGCUGAAAGCAGUUAGUUCGCGCAACAGCGACCCAAGUAUAAGCUCAACCAAGGUCUCGGCCGUCUCUGAUGCGAAGACAAGGUACAAUUAUGCCAAACGCUCAAGGUUUCGCCAUGCAUGUGCUGCCAGAGACUUCUAUAUCAACCAAGAAUCGCCGCAUAAAGUGUGGAAGCCAAAUGAGCAGAUUAGCGGCGAGGCGGUUCUUGUCCUCAAAGAUGACUUGGAAAACGUUGCGGUAAGGCUUUCUCUUAUUGGAGAGGUAAGGAUUCGAGGCUCAGGCUCGAAAACGCAUUGCGACCAGCUCUUUGAAAAGACAACGCUGGUAUACGGAGACCAAGAAGAGGUAGCGCCAGAAACCCGCUCUAUUGUCAAUGGUCUCACAAAAGGAGAGCACCGGUUUCCUUUUAGACUUAAAGUCCCCUCUAAAAAUAUUUUCACGUCGAUUAAGUUCGAAAGAGGCUCCAUAUCUUACUGUAUCAGAUGCACGCUAGAACCACUGAGAUGUUCCGACCCAGAAAAAGUCCUAGCGGCUUGUGAGAAAAGCAUAUCAGUGAUGGUUCCUUUGGAUGUUAGUGACAUGCCUAAACCAAACACAAAAAGCGUUGUGUUGCAAUCCCCUUCAGCAGUUAAGCAAAUAAAGCUCGCAAACGGGGAGCAAGAUGCUAGCUCCAGCUUCACAAGGCGAACUGGCGGUUCCAAGAACUCAGGGUCAACAGUCAAUACAUCCGGCUCUCUCAAGACAGUCACAAUAAAUGUGGAUCUUCCCUCAUCUGGCUACGUGAUAGGCGAAGUUAUUCCCGUCAAACUGAAUCUCUGUCACUAUCGAGAAUACUCACAUUCAACCGGCCUAAUAGCCACGCUCGUACGGAUAUGCCGAGUUGGGGGUGCAUCUAAAGAGAACCCGAUGGAGAUGUAUCGUAAAGAUAUCUGCCAAACGGUCUCCCCAAUCUACGUCAAUCCAGAUACAUUUGAGUGUUCUGUGACAGUUUACUUAAAGAUACCGCUGGAUGCGUUUCCCACACUACGGUUGCCUGACAGGAAGUUUUCUUUCCAGUACUAUGUGGAAGUACUUGUCAAUCUUUCGAGAAAAAACAUCGCAUUUACUGAAUCCAACAGGGUCGUCGACACAACUACUAAUUCCCAUGUGUCUGCAUCUCCUGGAAAGACCAUAGAAGAGACAUUCACGCUGCUACAAAGAAAGAUUCGGUCCGGAUCAGAAACGGAGCCUUUCAAGAACAAUGACCGAGAAUCUAUGAUCUUCUUCAAAGACCUGAUAAACGUUGACAAGCUCAAAAGGCUGCGCAAUGUUACCGGGAUGUCAAUCGAGGUUAUCGUCGGUACAAAUAGGUCAGAAAUCCCUCAAGAUAGCAGUUUGGACGAAGUCGAAGAGAAUCCUGAAACGACAAAUUCUGGUCUGCAGAGUAUCGACUAUACUAAUACUGCGGUUAACAACUAUACCGUCGCGGGGUACUCGCCACUAGGUGACUGCAAGGAUGUGCUCAAUUUCGACGGAGGUUCCGUUUUACCUCUCCCAGUGUACACUCCAAACUCACAUUAUAACGCAGCCGAUGACAAGGAUGAGCUAGAGCUUCAGAGGCUCCAGGAACUGGAGAGCGAACCGCCAAUGGCAACCUGA